AUGUACAACCCUUUCAAGAUCUCAGAUCCUAGAAACCUCAAGAUCAGCCUGGCUGCUCCGCCCAACUGGACCUUUGCCCCAGGCGACAAUGUCAUCGGUACCGUCGUCCGCGAGGCGUCGCUCGUCAGUCCCGAUGCAACAAUCCGGGUGUCUCUAGGGGGAAUUGCCGAAACCAGGAUGGUGGAACAAUACGGAAAUCAGCAGAUAGAUCAUUCCAAUCGAUGGGACCUCCUGGAUCCACGAGAUGAAGAUCUCUUUCAGGGGCCGCUCCACCUCGCCGAAGGGAGUACAGAAUGCCUCACGUUCCCAUUCGAAGUAAAUAUACCGCUACGGCCAUCUCUCACGAUGAUUCCACGUCAUAACUAUGAAACGAGCUUCCUACCGAUAGAUCAUGACAGCGUAGCCGAGCAGACGCUCCCUGGGACUUUCGCCUGCAGCAACGGGGACGGCUCGAUAGGCAUGAUCGGAUAUAAGUUGGAAGCUGAGCUGCGUUAUCGUCGCGGCGGCGAAAUCAUCACACAUACGGAGUCAUGUCGUCUCGUGAUCCGACAUAGCCUAGUCGAACCCCCGCUGGUGCACUACGAGAUGAUCCCACACUCGCAAACUGCCCGAAUGCAGAGCCACCGGCUGGUGACUGGGGUGGGGCACUUGUCCUUGAAGAAAAAGAUACAAAACUUCUACGGUUCCUCCAGUGUUCCCGGAUGGGCCUAUCGAGUGGACAUCAGUGCACCCAAGGCCAUACAGUUGGACCACUCCCUUCCUAUUCCCCUGACUGUCAAUAUCGUGGGCGUUCCUGACGAGACGAGCCCAGCGCUUCGAGACACCACCGUGACCGUCAUCGUUCAGUCCAUCCGCAUCAGCGUAAUAUCCAUGACCGUUACCCAUGUCUGCGGCCUCGGGUAUAGCACGGGAAAUUUGGACUUUUGGCGCAAGACGCAUUCCAUCGUUAUUCCCUCCCGCACAUUCCUGACACCGAUUGAGUUUCACGUCGGACAGGACAGCUCCCCUUUCGAUCUUGGCAAUGUCUUUCAGAUAUAUCUGGACUCCGAUGGUCUUCGAAAAGGUACUCAAAGAUUUGAUCCAAGCACCCCAUUUUCGGGCUCGAUAUACCCUGACUUUGUUUCGUACAUUAUUCGACACAAACAUGAGCUGAGGUGUGAGCUUACGCUUGAUAUUUCGGGGGAGUCCCAGACUGUUGCAAUUUCGGCGCCAUUAAAUGUGCUGCCGUCGGACUAG